AAAGGACUCGUGUCAUAGCCAUAGGAAAAACUGGGCGGUCUUAGGUAAUGGAAGACGAUAAACACUCACGCUUUUUUCUAUCUCUAUGGGUUUUGCCACUGAUAGUGGUCAUUCCCAUGUUUAGGGAAAACAACAACAACAAAUUUCGAAGAACUCCUUGCGCGCGUGGUACGAAAAGAAAAUGGAGGAUAUUGACAGACCUCGAGGUGAAGGACAUUUUCGCGUGACAGGAGGAGGGAUUGACAGGAACAAGUUACUAAAUGAGCAAGAGAUUGAGUUUGGGGUCGAAGUUGAAGACAUAAUAAAAGAUGAGGAUGAUGAGUAUUUUGAUCGGGAAACAGUUUUCAAAAAUUUGAAUUUUGACUGCACAGAUGAAGGGGAUGAUGAUUCAGACGCUAACAGUGAUAUGACUCCAUUUCAACGAAUGGCGGUUGGUAUGGAAGACAUAACUCCUACUAAAGAUGGAGGUGUAUUAAAGAAGGUUUUGGUACCUGGUGUUGGUAAUUUAGUUCCUAAUAAAGCAACUGUUAAGGUUCACUACAAUGCCUAUUUGGAAUAUUCUGAGGAGCCAUUUGAUUCAAGCAUAUUGAGAAAUUCACUUUUGCAAAUCAAACAUGGAUCAGGUGAACAAAUAUUUGGCUGGGAAAUUGCUCUGGUCACAAUGAGAAAAAAUGAGAAGGCCAGAUACCUCUUUGCUGCACCAUAUGCUUAUGGCAAAAUGGGCUGCCCACCUAGAAUACCUGCUAAUGCAACUGUGAUGUUCGAAAUUGAAGUGAAAAGUUUUGUUGAUGCAUUCAAGGCAGAUGAGUUUGAAACCACCUCGAAGGAAGAGAAACAGAAAAUGACAUUUCAUGAAAUUCUUUGUGUGGUAGAUUCCUUGCGACAGAGAGGAAAUGAUGAAUUCAAUAACAAGAAAUUAACCAAAGCUUUACGGACAUAUAAAAUGGCUAUACAACAGCUUGAAACAUGCAGGCUUGCAAAUGAAGAAGAGGAAAAUGCAAUGAAAAAGAAUUGUCUUACUCUUUACCUAAAUGCAUCACUUUGUUCCCUAAGGCUAGGUAACUGGAGGAAUGCAGCAUAUUUUUCAAGGAAGGCCUUACAUAUUGAUACAACCAGCGUCAAGGCAUACUAUAGGCUAGGAAAGGCACUAGGUCAGAUGGCUGAGUUUACAGAAGCAAGAAAACAUCUACUCAAUGCUCAGGCACUGGCUCCUUCAAAUAAGGAGGUUAGGGAAGAGCUAAAGAAGCUCAAUGCUAACUAUGAGGAAUUUCAGCAAAUGGGCAAAACAAUUUCAGCAAAGAUGUUCAGCCAGCCACCUUUGACACAAGAAAAAUUAGAAAAAACAAAGAAGGGAAACGAAGAUGAGGAAAAUGAAAGGAAGAUGAUGUUAGGAUUUAUUGAAAGUAAAAUACGUGCUUUCAAAACUGAUCAAUCACAAGACAUCCUGCACCUUCCACCCUUACUAAAAGAAGAGGAGCUUGAAGCUGUUAACUCACUGGCAAAAUCAGAAGGAUUCAAAAUAGAAAAUGAUGAGAAUGGAAUUCCGUGUGUGAAGAAGAAAUAAAGUGGUACACCUGAAGAUGAAAUUGCAAUCUUGGUCAAGCAUCAGCAUUCAUUUUCUGCUGACUAUAAAGUUUGUAAAGCCAUGUAUGGCUAAAGCAAACUUUGAAAUUUGUUUUAUUCGCUUUUGUAAAAAUUUUGUUUUGUUUUGUUCUAUUUUGUCAAUACAAAUGAUAGUCUUUAGCUA